GGCAGUCAGCUGCUGCGAGCCAGAGCCGGAGUUCAGUCCACAGCGUCGCUUCUGGAUUUCUUUUUUAAAUAUAUUUUACGCGUAAUUUCUCGGCAGAUGAGACGCGUGGGACGCGCGCCUACCUGCGGACACUGAACCUUUUGUGUGAGGAUAUUGCUGCCACUUGAAACGCAUCCGCACCCUCGUGUCUCAUGGUUGGUGUGUCUGGCUGAAGUGAGCUGCUGUGUAAUGAGCCGCGCGCCCGAGGGCAGCCUCGGCUCCAAACUUUAGCACGAGCCUUGACAACUUUGGAGACACGGCCAGCGGUGUGCGUCGUAGCGCGUUCAUGUGGUUUGACGUCUGAUCGGAGCGGGUCGUUUCUCAGGAAAAAAGAAACAAAACUUAAAGGAUUUUUUAUUUUAAGGGGGGAAAAUGUUCAACAAAUGCUCCGUGGUCUUCUUGAAUGUCAUCUUUCUGGCGCGGGCGCUCUCGGCACACGAGUGCACGCCGUGUAACCUCCGGGCAUGUCCCGUCAAGCCCCCGCACCCCUGCGAAGGCGGCCGGACCUUGGCCAGGGACCCGUGCGGAUGCUGCGAUCAGUGCGCGCGGCUGGAGUGGGAGCCGUGCGGCGGGCAGGACUGGGCGCACGGCUACUGCGCGCUGGGACUGACCUGCGCCUCUGUCAACAGAACCGGAGCCGCCACCGUCCCCGAGAUCGGAGUGUGUAAAGUACUUCCAAGCCAUCCAGAGGCGGGCCUCGAGGAUGAGCGCUGCCCGUUGAUGACGGGCUGCGACAGGGCCGGAGGUCAGUGUGUAUGCGACGCCCGACACUCCUGCCUGGGCUCCUUCGCCUACCCGGACCAGGAAACCUGCAUGAAGUCCAGUAAGUCAGAUGCUCGGAGGCACGAGCACCGGGAACGGCACAGGGAGAAGUACGUGGGGCCGUCCAACCCGGCGUGCAUGUUCUCCGGCUGUAACCUGACCGCCGACGGCUGCGUGUGCGAGUCGCAGAGCUGCCACCACCACUUCGCCUACAUCAACCGCAGCCAGUGCCAGGAAGCCGCAGAGGAGCUGAGGUGCGCAGGGGUGACGUGUCCCACUCUGGAGACACCCUCCUGCCCCAAGGGCUCGGUCCUGACCAGGAGUUACACCCCGCCCGCCGGUUGUUGCCCGUCCAUACCACCGCAGUGCACCUGUGAUCUCCGCGCCUGCCACAAGCCCCAGUGCCCGAGCGGACAGCACCCGGUUCCACUCAGUCAGGCCAGCGGGCAGCCAGGAGACUGCUGCGAUGUCUUCGAGUGCCAGAAAGUUUCUCCCAAGUGCGUCCACAACGGGAAGGAGUUCUCCGAAGGCGAGGUGUACCGUAUGGAUCCCUGCUGGCUGUGUCAGUGCCGAGGAGGGAUCUCCUUCUGCUCCAAGGCAGAGUGUGCCGAGCUGGACUGCGAGAACUUCUACAUCCCAGACGGCGAGUGUUGCCCCGUCUGCAUAGAUGUGGAGCUGCUGUCGAUGGACAGCACCAAGGCCAGCUGCUGGGUGAACAACAAGCUGCAGGCCCACGAGGAGCAGUGGAAGGAGGACGACUGCACCUUCUGCCAGUGCGUGGACGGCGAGCCGCACUGCACCGCCAUGGCCUGCAAGCAGAGCUGCCAGAACCCCGUGAAGAUCCCCGGGGAGUGCUGUCCCUUCUGUGAAGAGCCCUCCUAUGAGACGGUCAGCCCCCUGCUGUGCCCCCCCCUGGAGAACUGCUCCCUGUCGGUCAACGACUGCCCCUUCGGCUUCCUGCAGGACAAGAACGGCUGUCUCCUCUGCCAGUGCCUCAACAACGACUCCUGCCCCGACCUGGAAAAAUACUGCUCCCUGCAGUGCCCCAUGGGAUACGAGAGGGACGACUUCGGCUGCGAGGUGUGCGAGUGCAGCAUCCCAUUGCCCAAGUGUCGACCUUUGACCUGCACCAAGACCUGCCCCUACGGUUAUGUGAGGAACAAGCACGGCUGUGAGAUGUGUCGCUGCGUCAAGUGUCCUCCUUUCACCUGCGACAAGCACUGCAGCAACGGCUACCGCCAGAACAGGAAGGGCUGCUCCGUCUGCAUGUGUAAAGAGAGCGUCCACGCCCCGAGCACGGUGGCCCCGGCCCCGACGCCCGGCUACUGCCUGACCUCCAACGGGCACCGGUACGAGGAAGGGGACGGCUGGCACGACGGCUGCCGGGACUGCUACUGCCACUCGGGACGGGAGAUGUGUGUGCUCAUAUCCUGCCCGGUGCCCAGCUGCACCAACCCCGUGGUCAAGCCGGAGCAGUGCUGUCCGACCUGCGAGGACGAGUCGGGCAGCGGUCAGCCAGAGGGGAUGGACAUGGUGGUGUGCCGCGCGCCCGGAGGGGAGUUCUACGUGGAGGGGGAGACCUGGAACCUGGACGAGUGCACGCGCUGCACCUGCAGGAGGGGACGCGUCCUGUGCGACACCGAAGUGUGUCCCCCGGCUCUCUGCCAGACGCCCAUCAGGAACAAGGACACCUGUUGCCAUGUGUGCCCAGAGGAGACGCUGAGCCCCCUGCUCCCGGUGAACAACAGCCAGCAGGAGUACUGCAUCACCAGCGACGGAGACGUGCUGCUCGCCGGGGACUCCUGGAAGGCCAACGCCUGCACCAGCUGCACCUGCAACAAUGGCACCAUUCAGUGUUUCUCUCAGCGCUGUCCCGCCGCCAACUGCAGGGUCCCCGUUUUACGCAAGGGCCAGUGCUGCCCACACUGUCUGGAAGUGACCACGUCGGUGCCGGUGAUGGUUUCUACCGGUGCGCCUGAGACGACCGUCGCCGCCACCACCGUGCAGAGCACAGUGUGGAUCACCACCGUCACCGUACCGCCCAUCAUUGCCGAAACAGAUGAGCCAGGAUUGGGCGAGAACUACCCCAGCCAGACAGAGAUGGCCCUCAUCUACCAAUCAGCAGCCUGGAUCCUGGCAGGUCUCCUCUUGGCCAUCAUCAUCUUCCUCAUCGUGGCGUUGCUCAUCAACAGGAAGAAGAAGUGGGUGCAGAUGUCCUGCUACAGCGCACCAAAGAAGACCGUCAUCCUGAAGAAGCACGUCAACAAGAACUCGGUGGUCUACAUGGAGCCGUCCAAGGAGAACAAGUUCCAGAACGUGAAGAACGACUGCGGCAUCAUCCACUUCUCCCCGGACAUGUCCUCCCCCUGCCUGGACAAGAUGACCAUCCCCAGAGCCAAGCUGAGCAACGGCACCGACUGGACGCCGCGCUAGGCCGCCGCCUCCCCCCCCACCCUUCUCUUUGUGUGACAAUAAAACUGAAAAGGACGCUGUCUAGAAGAAGCACAGCCAGUGACCACUGUUUCUUUCAUUACGCGUCCACGGUUUCUCUGCAUUUGGACGUUUGGACGGACAGAUGGACAUGUGGAGGCGGGGGGAAAUAUGUUAACUGCUUUGAAGCGGGAGGACUCGGCAGCCAGAGCGACUGUGAACGCCGUCUUAAUGCUGCUCAUUAUUGCUCCCUUUGAAACUGGAACUUUGUGGCAGUAAGAGGAGCAUAAAAAAGCUUUAGGACGGGGGUCGGAGCUGUAGUUAAAAGGCAGACGCAGAAGAUGCUGCGCCCCCUCCUCCUCCUCCUCCUCCUCCUCCUUAAGUGCAGCCGUGGAUGUAAUCUUCGUCAUUAGCAGGGAGCCCAAAGGAUCUAUUAAUCCAGUCGGGUCAGAGUGGUUCUGCAGCCAAAUCAUAACAGGUCAGCAGGCUUUAUAUAGACCUCGGAUCCAAAUCCCUGCGUUAGAAUGUGUGGUUUCCAGCUUAGUUUUUGUAUAUUUCUACAGUAUUUGUAAUAGAUGUAGUGUUGUUCUUGGCCAUCUCGUGUUUUUAUUAUGGGUGUCUCUGUGGGGCCAGAUUGAGCCGUUUUAAAAUGCCAGUCUAAACAUUCCCCCCCCCUAAAGCAGUACAGGAAGGACAAACUUCCCAAAUAAUCCUGUUGUUUCUACUUUUAGGUGACCCGAGUCAUUCCGUUCAGAAAUCCCAGAUGAUAAACUGCAUUUCCAGCAUCUGUAGUUCUCAACCUCUCUGAAGAUUAAGAAACACUGCAAAGCAUGGUCACCCUGUUUGUAAAAGGUCCCAGAUCCCUGUUUUAAAGGGAGCCAGCCAGUGAAUCCCCCCAGAAAUCUCAUGUGGAGUGAUAUUUAUUGGGGAAAAAAAUGUCAUUUUAUUGACAUUUACAACACCGGACACGUCAUCUGGACCUGUGAGGACAGUGUUUGAUACCAUAUCUCCAUUCACAGGUGUGUGUAGAUGUGUGUAUGUAUGGGAGCUCACACGUGCAUGGAACGGUUUGUAAUAAUUCCUUUCAAAGCCUUAAUUCUACAGCCUUAAUUGAUUUUCACUGUCCAGACAGAACGGCUUAGAGAUGGUGCAGUCUGUGGUUCUCACCAGGUGAAAACACAACUUUCUGUAAAAUGCAAAAACAAUGAGUUUUUCCACCUGAAACCCCGUCGUGCAAACGGGGCCUCAUGCAAGCGAAUUAGGCGGCGUGUUGACACAGGAGUUAAGGGGAUCUCGCUAGCAUCUGUACAUUCUGGUCCACAUUACAACAUCACAGCGCGCUAGGAGAUGUAGCACUUUUCUUUGGAGCCAGUGUUGUAGAAAGCUCCCUGCAGGAUUCCUGGAGGGAUAAAGGGCCCUAAUCAGGGAUUUGAUAGGCAUAUUAAGCACACAGAGAUGUUAAACCACUCAAGCAAACAUGCCGUUGCAGCUCGGGACUCCGUACCGGACAAGGACGGAGCGCAGGAAACAUUUUGGGGUUUCAAAGGAAAAAAAAAACAAACUAACAAAAAAAAAAAGGUCCAUUGCCAAUAUCUCAAAGAUUUUCAAGCCAAAAUUGGUUGGAGACCAAUUUCUAUUGAAGUGUUUUAGUGCCGCAGUAGGUUUGUAUCUGUUUGAAUCAUGACUGUGCUUUAAAAAAAUGAAGAGGCGACUGUAAAAGCUUACGCAAUUCUUUGUUCUGUGUACAAAAAAAAAAGUAGUUUAAAUGAGUAGGACAGAAGAGUACCUUAUUUAUUUUUUCACAUAGCUUUAUUUAUUAAUACUAAACUAUAGUUUGAGAUUUCUUUGUUGGGGGGGGGGAAAAAAAAGAACUUUUUAGUAGCCAAAGCUGCUGUACAUUGUAGACCAUUUACCAUUUCUAUCUGCUAUAUUCGAUACCGCCUUAUUUAUUUCACUGUUGCAAAAAUCCUGUAAAUAUGUUUUCCUAGAACAAUGAACUGUAACAUUUACACCUAUUUUGAGAAAUAAAUGUGUGAACCAAA